CGGUGGAAGCGGCUCCAGGCCCGUGGGGCGGGCUGGGCUGAGCCACUCGGGUCGCUGCAUCGCCUCCCGCUCCAGUCCGGCCGCAGAGGCCCCUGGGCGGAAGUCUGGCCCUGCCCACCCCGCCAGCUCCCGGCCUGUGUGCGUGGCUGCCGGCCCGGCUUCCGGAGGCUUCUGCAGCAGGAGAGGGCGGGGAUCGAGCGGGGCCUGCCCGCGGCCCAGGCCCGGCACCGCAAUGGCCGGCGAGGUGAAGACCAAGCUGUCCAAGAACCUGCUGCGCAUGAAGUUCAUGCAAAGGGGAUUGGAUUCAGAAACCAAAAAACAACUAGAAGAGGAGGAAAAGAAGAUAAUCAGUGAAGAGCACUGGUAUCUGGAUUUACCAGAACUCAAGGAAAAGGAGAGUUUUAUAAUAGAAGAGAGAAGCUUUAUGCCAUGUGAAGACCUACUUUAUGGCAGAAUGUCCUUUAAAGGGUUCAAUCCAGAAAUUGAGAAGUUAAUGAUCCAAAUGAACUCUAGGUACAAGAAAGAAGAAAUUGAAGCAGAUGAUACAGCCGAGGCUGACGUAUCAGAUGAAGAAAUGGCCAGAAGAUAUGAAACCUUAGUGGGAACUAUCGGGAAGAAAUUCUUGAAAAAGAGAGACCAGCGUGUGCUACAGGAUGAAGAUGAGAACAGUAACAUGAGACCUAGCAAAGCUAAGAAAAUGUUCUUAAAACCCCAGGAUUGAUGUGAACUGCACAAUUGAAGCUAAUAGAAAUGUUAUCUACAGGGUAGAGUAACAUGAACUGGGCAGUGUUUAUUUUCCACCAAAUAAUGUGAGAUAUGUUUGUAAAUCUAAGUCUAUUCUGAUUGAAAUUUCUGCUGUCCACAUGACAAACGUACUUUCAAAGUGGAUGCAUAUAUAAUGGAUAUCAUACAUCCUUUCCC